AUGAACAAUGAAAGACACAUUAGGGCAAUUUCAUGGCAAUCUAGCGAAAAUGAAUUCACCAUGAGCUUGAUUAAAAAAAUAUUCCCAGCUCCAAAGUGAGGCCAAGUGCUUAUAAAGGUCGAAAUUGCUCCCAUUCAUCAUAUGGAUUUUGAAGUCUUAAAAUACUGCUCCACCAAAUCAGUUAUCCCAGGCUGUGAAGGUGCCGGAAGAGUAAUAAGCACUGGCAGCGGUAUAAAUUGGACCAGCAUGCAAAACAAAAGGGUCAGCUUUAUUCAAUUUGACAGCAUUAACAUUAAAAUUAACUUACUUAGAGUGUUUAACGUGUUUCUCCAGUUCCGUAGGGUGAUUUAACAAAGCCACAAGGGCUCACCCCAGUAGGCACCAAUUGAUUACGUCACCGGGCAUUUCCGGGGUGAGGCGGAAAAAACCCCGCUGGGUUUUUGUCCGCCAACUUUUUCACCGUUAAAUUUAUAGGAAAAUUUUGAAAUUUUCUCCAGAUGGCGAAAAAAAACCCAAAAAACCCCAUAAUAAAAAAAAAGUAGUGGCGGAAAAAACCCCAGCGAAAACAAAAACCGUCAAAGUCAGAGGGAAAAACCCCCAAAUGGUGCUAAAAACGGAGGAAAAAACCCCAAUAUACAAUAUAAUUAAAUGCUUAAAAUGAUAGGCAAAUAUUAGAGAAAAUACAAAUAAAUAUUUAUAAUUUAGUUACAAUAAAUCAAUUAAAGCAAUAUUAAUAUAUAGAUGUAUAGAUUUAUUCUCAAAGUAACUAUAAAGCUAUGAUUAACAAAAAUAAUGGAAAAAUAUAAAAAUCAACUAUAAAUAAAUUUACAAUCAAAACCUGGCGGAAAAAAACCCGAAACGGUGCAAAAACCAGAGGAAAAAACCCCGAGUAUGGGGUGAAAAUUGGCGGAAAAAAACCCAAUUUUUUUUUUUUAUAAUAAUUUUUUUUUCAAAUAAUUAUCAGCGAGGAUAGAUUUUUAUAUAAUGAUGACCCCCCCAAUCUUCAUGUCUAUUGCAACAAAAAUGCAAUUUUUUAAUAUAAAAUGCUAUAUAGAAAAAAUAAUUUUAAUAUCUCUUGCAACAAAUUUUCGAUGCGCAUCUAAAAUUUUUCCUACUUUUUAGCAAGAUAAGUUUAAUAAAAUGGCGAGCGAUGACAAUAGCCGUCCAAAUCUCGAUGAGAAGGUCAUUGACAUGCCUACAGCAGCGCUGUUUUAUGGUUUUUUUUGAGAAACUCACCUAGAGAAAAAUGCAUUAAAUCUUUUUUAUAAAAAUGUUAAGUUGAGUUGGCAUAAAUUUGUUUUUUCGAAAAUUUUUGUUACAAUAGACAUGAAGAUUGAGGGGGAGGUCAUCGUUAUGUUUGUGGAUUUUAUAAAUAUUCAAUACAAUGAGUGAAGCUGAUACAAUUUAGCAUAUUUGCUCCAGUCUCAUCAAUCAGGUUAAGACUAAGUUAUAUGCUUCCUUUAUUAUGUGUUUUUCAGGAUAUGUCGAGGAUGAAUAAAAGGUGAGCUAGUCUUAUGCGUUGCAGGCGGAUACACGUUUUGCUAGUACAGGAUUUGUCGUAGUGGAUACAAGGUGAACUAGCAUAGCCCCUAUAUGUUAUUUUGAUCCCUGUACUGUAGAACAAUAUCUAAAUACCAAAAGUAGCUAUCUAAAAAUUCUUCUAACAAUGGCAAAGACCAUUUGUAUGGCCAGUUCACGUUUGGCUUGGCAAAUACAAUCUAUAGAAAAAGUUUGCAAAGCCAAAUCUGUACUUGCUAUAAAAAUAACAAUUGUCAUUGCCAUUUUUACUUGUAAGAUCGCUAUUUUACCUCUUAAGGUAUUCUUUCAUAGCGAUCUAUAUAGGAUAUAUCGCAGUUGGAUGCAGGAUGAUCUCUACAGGGUGUGCCGCAGGCGAAUACAAAAUAAGCGAGCAGGAUGUGCCACAAGCGGACGCAAGAUGAUCUAGUGCAGUUUGUGUCGCAGGUGAAUACAAGAUGAGCUAGUACAUGAUGCAUCGAAAAGUAAAUAUAUGAUUUAAGUAUUGGAUAGUAUUAAAGUCAAUUUUUCACCUUCUUGUUUAUUAUUCAAAUAACUUUUUAUAAUUAGAACGCUGAAUGAUUUAGCAAUAUAUAUAUAGUUCAUAGAUUGACAAACUAAAAUGAAAUAGCUUAAUAAUUAAUUAAUUAGCAGGUAAUAAGCAUUAAAAAUCUAUCCUCGCUGAUAAUUAUUUGAAAAAAAAUUAUUAUAAAAAAAAAAAAAUUGGUUUUUUUCCGCCAAUUUUCACCCCAUACUCGGGUUUUUUCCUCUGGUUUUUGCACCGUUUCGGGUUUUUUUCCGCCAGGUUUUGAUUGUAAAUUUAUUUAUAGUUGAUUUUAUAUUUUUUCCAUUAUUUUUGUUAAUCAUAGCUUUAUAGUUACUUUGAGAAUAAAUCUAUACAUCUAUAUAUUAAUAUUGCUUUAAUUGAUUUAUUGUAACUAAAUUAUAAAUAUUUAUUUGUAUUUUCUCUAAUAUUUGCCUAUCAUUUUAAGCAUUUAAUUAUAUUGUAUAUUGGGGUUUUUUUCCUCCGUUUUUAGCACCAUUUGGGGGUUUUUUCCUCUGACUUUGACGGUUUUUGUUUUCGCUGGGGUUUUUUCCGCCACUACUUUUUUUUUAUUAUGGGGUUUUUUUUUGGUUUUUUUUUCGCCAUCUGAGAAAAUUCAAAAUUUUCCUCACCCCAUUUCGACAUCAUUUUGACAGCACCUUACCAGGAUCAUGGUCUGAAUAUGUUCUGUGCAGUUCAAAAAGCUGCGCUAUUUUAAAUGAAGAUAUUGACUAUAUAAAAGGAAGUGUUCUUAUGAGAAAUCCUCUAACUGUUUUGAUGAUAAAUGAGCAUAUAAAUAAUCAAAAAUUAAAAGCAAUCAUACAUAUAGUCGAUUCUUCAAAUUUAGGAAAAAUGAUUGUGAAAUGGUGCAAUUUUUCUAGCAUAGACUGCAUUAACAUAGUAAAAAAGAAAAAUGAUGAAAAUUUGCUUGUUGAUAUAGGACAAACUAAUAUUUUGUGCUUUGAAGAUCUCGAUUUUAACAUAAAAUUUCAAGAAAUGGUUGAAAAAAUCCACCCUGCUUGAAUAAUUGACAGAUUUGGAGAAAAUGAUGCUUUAAAAGUACUUGAAAAUAUUGAACACAAAUGUGAGUUGGUUGUUUAUGAAGGAAAUACCUCGAGUUAUCACUGUACCGCAGUCCCAAAUUCUCAUUCCCAAAUCACUUAUUUAAACCUCAAGCAAUGAUUUCAAAAAUUAUCAUCAUAUAAACGACGUAAAUAUUUCCAACAAAUCCAAAAGCUAAGCUUCGUUUUUUCAAAUGACAUUUCAGGGAUUUUCCCAGCUCAUCUAUAUAAAGAUGCUAUUUCUGUCGCCAAAGAGCCUGAAAAUGAUGGCAGAGUUCUUUUGCAUAUUGGAGAAGACAUCAAAGAAGACAUAAUUGAGAUAUUUGAAGCCCCAGAAGAAAAUUCAUCGUUUAUAAGUGAAGAAGAUUUUGCAUAUACAGAAUCAGACGAGGUAGAAAGAAUUAUAGAACAAUUUGAGAAAAGCAAAGGGUAUUUAAUUGAAAAAAGCUUACCAAAAUUCGAAUGGGGAGAGUGAACAACCACUGAGAGCGAUACGACGGAAGUUAACUUAAAAUUUAUGCCAGAUAAUUCAGUUUAUAGUGGAGAAUGGGCUAGAAAUCAUUGUCAUGGAAAGGGGGAAAGAUUUUAUCAUGAUGGAUCUUAUUAUCAAGGAUAUUGAAAUAAUGGCAAUACGCAUGGAAUGGGAAGACUUAUAAGACCUGACGGAGAAUAUUAUGAAGGGCAGUGAAAAGACUCUAUGAGGUAUGGAGAAGGAAAAUUGUGUACAGUGGAUAAUAUCAUAUUUCAAGGAGAAUUCUAUGAAAAUAAUAUAGUUAGAGGAAAAGAAAUAAGAAGUGAUGGAAAAUGUUAUGAAGGAGAUUUUGAUGAUUGAAAGUGGCAUGGGCACGGGAAGUUGGUAAUGCCAAAUGGGGAAACUUUUGAAGGUAUAUUUGAAAAAGGCGUAUACAUGGAUUUCAAAACAGCAUAUACAAGUUUCUAUAAAUAGCUAUUGAAAAUGAAGAUUUUUGUUAUUUAAAUAUAUUUAUCAUAAGGUAAUAUAA